UGUUUUAUACUGUAAUGAAAAUCAUGUGUUUGUUUGAAUGAUAUGUUAAAAAAAUAACUAUUUGUUUGAAACAAUAAUAUCAUUACAUAAUAGCUAUCAUCACAACAACAACAACAACAACAAUACUAAUCCAAAGAUAUUUUUUGGAUCAUAUUUUAAUUGGUUUGUGUUAUAAUAACAACAACACCAACGAUGGCAUUGAUACCAAUUCCUCACUUGCGUCGACUUCUUCGUCUUCAUUAUGUAACCAAUAUAUUAUUGGCCAUCUCUUUCUUAGUACUCAAAUGUUUGUCACCGUUUUGUGAUUAUCUCUUCAGCGAAUGUCAAUUGGAUUAUAAAGAAACAGAGAUCCUAUUCUUCACGGCCGUUGUGAUCAUAUUUCGGACCCGAAAACAAGGUGCCAUUCAUUUGAUACCAUACGUGAGCACUGCCUGUAUGUUAGCUAAGAUGGGAAACGUUUUGCUCUACUUUUAUUCAGAUCCAGUCUAUGGUGUCUUAUAUCUAACGGUUUGCAUUCUUCAUUUACUUGUUUUGCCGGAACCAUCCUAUGAGGGACCAGAAAAUAUUUAUUACUUAAGAGGAGCUGAUUUGCAGCAAGAAUUACAAAACGACAAACGUAUCGUUUGGUUCAUCGAGUUGUACACUGCUUGGAGUCCGCCGUGUAUUGAGUUUUCUUCAGUAUUUUCUGAAUUGUCCGGCAAAUACGGUCUGGAAAAUCUCAAGUUCGGCAAAAUAGAUUUGGCCAGAAAUGAGGAAACGGCCAAAGAGUUUAGAAUCAAUACGUCGGCUCUAAGCAAACAAUUGCCAACACUUAUACUGUUCAAGAAUGGCAAAGAAGAAACGAGACGACCAGUUGUCAACAAUAACGGAAAAUUAGUCAAAUUUAAUCUAAAUUUUGAUACUGUUGUUCAAGAGUUUGAUUUGAAUAACGUCUACAAAGAAUGCAAAGCAAAUCCAUUGAAGAAUUCAAAAGCCAAACGAAUUAAAGACGAUUAACAACAUUAGUAUUAUUAUUAUUAUUAGAGGGCAUCUAAUUGUUUGGUAGAGUUUUGUGGAUCAAUUGUGGCCAUCAUUUUAUAAGCACAUUAUAGAUAUGCACUUUAAGAUAUAAUAAUAUAGUUAAUACAUAGUCUGGCAUUUUUUUGAAGUAC